GCCGUCUCCAACCUCAUCAAGACGCCUGCCGCGCCCAAGGCCCCCAGCACAAUCCGCACACUCAACUGCUUCAUGCAGGACGAGCCCGGCGCCCUGACCCGCACCACCGGAAUUAUGGCCGCACGCGGCUACAACAUCGAGAGUGUGGUCGUCAGCCGCACCGAGAUCCCCAGCCUCUCUCGAAUGACCAUCACCGUCAAGGGCGAGCCAGCCGUGGUGCAGCAGGCACGCAAGCAGCUCGAGGACUUGUCUGAAGUGUGGGCGGUCGUGGAUUUGACCGACACAAGAACCGUGGGGCGCGAGAUUCUGCUGAUCAAGCUAUCGACCAUGGGACCAGACCGCAUAGCGUGCGGAGCCAACUCGUGCACUCCACGCGAACGCACGUCGCCCAGGAGCCAUGAGAAGGCCGUUGAGCUGGAGGCUGAGCAACCGCAGCUCCAGAUCCUCGAGAGCUGCGAGCGCCUCGAGUACAUUCGCAGUCUGUCAGAUAUGUUUGGUGCCAAGGUCGUCGAUGUCGGUGCCGAGUGCUGCAUCGUCGAGCUGUGUGCAAAGUCGGAGCGCAUUGAUGCGUUCAUGAAGCUGGUGGCACCGUUCGGGAUUCUCGAGGCAGCUCGCAGCGGACGCAUGGCCAUGUCACGCACA